AUGUUCAUAUUUAACGUCAUUCUCAUCGUACUGGUGGUUAAGUUCCGAGAGCCCAACCACUUCGUCGAGUCGCUCAGGUCUGAGGCCGCCGUCUAUGUCGACAUCAACGCGACUACGUUCACAACAAUUACGUCAUGGGCGAGUACACUGGCGGCGAUACUCGGUGGAUUUGUUUUAAUGCUAGCUGGCGAUAUUGCUCGAGAUGAGAGCGGGGUCGGUCUGGCGCACCAUUCUGAGACUGUUCACCUACUUCACGGCGUACAGGUCCAAAAGGUCGAAGCUGGCUUCUCCAGUUCAAUUUCUGUCAGGAAUUCUGCUGCUGGUCUCCUCGUCGCCAUUACCGAUACAUGGCUACACCUUUCAACGGAAGCCGUAAACCUCUAUCGCUACUCCCCGAGUCCCGGAACAAAUCUCAGUGUCAACCUUCACGAACGUUGCCUAAUAAACAACAACUCCUACCGAGCACAGUCAAACUGGUACUUUGACAGAGAACCCGGAGCCCCUGUCGAACCCGCCUGCACGUUGAACCCUGCGGCAGCAAAUACUUUCCUCGUUGUGGAGGACGACACGAUUACAGGCAUGUCGGUACUAGGCAAUCGCUCUUCCACCCUCACGGCGAAGUAUCACGCUGAAGGUGGACGCGUUUAUUUCUACCUCGCCCCGGCGCCGACAGAGCAGAAUUUGAUGCAGGAUUAUUCGGCGGAGACGUUCGCAAUGAGUACAACGUGCAUACCCAAGAGUGUCGAGUGUGGCCUCGAAUACGAAAAAUUCAUCGGCGCCGCAACGCCGUUCAACUGCACGAAGAGUGGCUUUUCCGGAGAUAUCCAAAAGAUCGGCGGUAUACGAAUACAGUUUUACGAUGACCCCGAGUUCACGCAGACACUGAGCACCACCGGCGUUGAGGGUAGCACAUAUUCUCUUCUGGUAGCUGCCUUCCUCGAAGUGGUGUGGCCCCAUCCGCAAGACGAUCCCGAGGUCGCUCAUCAGGUGCACGGUGAUCUCGCCAUGAUCCUCGGUUGCACGACAACAGUUUACGAUGUUAGCUAUCAGUAUCAAAAUGGCAGCGUCGUGGAGUGGAACGCCCGCGAGAGCAACUCUUCCGUCACCAACGCCUUGAGCAGCCCCAUCACGCAGGCGCGUGUCGGUGUGACCGAUGCCUACCAAGCCUUCAGUUACACGGGGGACACAGAAACGGCACAGAGGUAUGCUGAUAACUGGGCAGCCGAAUACAGCCGCGUCGCUGUGAGCGUUUCGGUCACCGCCCUACGACCCGUUCCGGCAUUCUCCGCCCAGUACCGCACUCCGGCCAUCGUUUCUCGCAUACCCAUAGCACCGCUCGCGGCCCUUCUACUCUCCAACUUUCUGUACUGCUUGAUCGGCGCGAUUCUCACGAUAUUCGCCAUCUUGGCCGUCCGGGAACCUGAGACCAAAGAGGUCGUGGAACGGACGACGGUUCAAAGCUUGGUGGCGGCCAUGUUUGAGCCUGCGACGGCUACGGCGCCGGUAAAGGAGGUGGACAACAUGUUUUCCGAGCUGGCUGAGGGGAAGAGCCAGCGGGUGGGGAUUGGAAGGUUGCCCAAUGGUGGAUAUUCCUAUUUUCUCUGGUGA